AAUAAAAGACAUAUCUCAUCAAAUUUACCAUUAAACUGAUUUUAGGACCAGUAAUUUUUUUCGUAAGUAGAUAUAUUUUGAUCAAACUAACCUUGUCUCAUUUCAAAAUCGAAACAAAUCGUUCGCUUCUGGUAAAAAAUGUAUUUGGUCCUUUUUUUGAAGUUUAGUGUCGUAUUUGCAUCUCUAAAUUAUCACACUGAAAAACAUAAUGAACACUUUUCUGUAACUGUUUACAAGAGUCUGAUACGCACGAAUUCCGACUUUGUCGCAAGUCCUUUUUUGAUUGAAUCAGUUUUCGCUAUUUUUUACUUGGGAUCCGAAUGGGGCACUGCUAAGGAAAUGCGCCAACUGUUUGAUUUUCCCCGUAAAAAUGUAGAACUUAUAAAAAAAUUCAAAAAACUUGUGUCCUUUCUUAACGAGCAGAAUUUUCACGUAGAACAUAAGAUGUUAUGGGAUGAAGUCGAAUGGAUACCGCGUUUCGAGAAUGACACCAAAGAAAUUUUCCAAUCAUUCCAACUUGAGGCCUUCGAGGGUAAAAAAGAGCAAGUGGAGAAACUUAAUAGUUGGUUUCGGGAGCAAACUAAUAAUAAAAUCGAUUACAUGAUAAAAUCACUAAAAGAUCUAGAAAAGGCUGUAAUAUCUGCUUUCCUCUUUUCGGCUUCACAUUUCGAAGGCAAGUGGAGUGAGGCGUCUUCUGAAAGAAGUGUAAAUGCUCGAUAUUUUCAUUACGGAACAUUGCACAAUAAGAGUGCCAAAUUAGUGGAAUUACCGUUCGAAAAAAGUGAAGCUUCCAUGGUUUUAAUUUUUCCGGAAAACGCUAACGACUUUCACCAACUUGAAGCAGAACUUGCGCAAAUUUUGGAACGACCGAACUUUACUAAGUCUGAACCAGCGACUAUUUCACUGCCGAAAUUUCGUUUUGAGCAUUUUGUUGUGGAGUACAACCACGAGCGUCUAGCUGAGAUGGGUAUACGGAAAGCUCUUUAUGGUGGAGAUUAUAAAUACAUGACAGCUUGGUACAAUGUGCAUGUCAACUAUUUUACGGAAAAAGUUUAUCUAAAAGUCAAUGAACAAGGAGUUGAGGUAGCGUCAGGUCUGGCACCACCUUUUGGGCAGAAGAGUUUUUGGUCUGGGGAAAAAAGCGACUUUCCAUUCAUAUUUUACAUCAAAAUAAGACGAACUAUUCUCUACAUUGGCCGACACCUUGUUAAUCCUCAUUAACAAUCUCUGUUUCAAUCUCUGUUUCUUAAUUUUUUGUAUUACAGAUUUUCAAUUUUGUAGCUUCUUAACCUUUCAGUUUAUUUUUUAUUUAUUAAUUAUUUAUUAUUUUUAUUAAUUUUUUUAUUUAGAAUACAAGUGUUUCAAUUUAUUAGUCUUUCUCAUUUCCAGUUCUAUAGUUUUUUAGUCACUUAGUACUUUUGAAUUUCAAUCUCACUGUUCUUUAGUUUUUUGUGUGUUUCAGUUUUUUAGUUUCUCAGCAUUAAAGUUACUUACUUUGUCA